AUGGACCGUAUCAAGGAGAAAAUGAACCAGCUUCGUCUGGAGGCCGACGAUAACGCCGCAAAGGUUGAGGAGCUUCAGACCAAGGUCAAGUCUCUGGAGCAGGAGAACCUGUCCAAGGAGCAGGAGAUCACCUCCCUGCAGCACAAGAACGGUCUGCUCGAGGGCGAAGUCGAGAAGCUUGAGACUGCAGUUAAGGACUUCAAGAAGGCUGCCGACGAGAGCGCUGGCACCGGCACACAAAACGAGACUCUCCAGCGCAGACUCCAGCUCCUCGAGGAGGAGGCCGAGGAGGCGGACAAGACUCUUCGGGAAGCCAACGAGAAGCUCCGACAGACCGACGUCAAGGCCGGCCACUUCGAGCGCAAGGUCCAGGCUCUCGAGUCGGAGCGCGACCAGUGGGAGUCCAAGUACGAGGAGAUGGCCAAGAAGUACGCGACGGUCCAGAAGGAGCUCGAGGACUUCCAGGCCGAGAUUGGCAACAUCUAA